UCCGCCAUGUAAGAGUGAGGUGGAGGAGGACAUUCCAGGAGAUGUCACCACAGAAAAUCCCAGUAUGAAUCGUGAGGGAAACUUUAUGUUAUCACUAAAUUAUAAAGUAGAAGAUGAAGAUAUCAUGCAUCGCUCUUCAAGAGGAAACCUUAAUAUACAUCCAGGACUUCACAGUCCAGCUCAACCAUAUAAUCCCUCUAAUAAUGAGAAACCUUCUCCUCACCCAUCACAGAUUGCUACCUCAAGUACAGGUCAGAAAGGGGGUGAAAGGUUUCAACAUGCCAAAGAGUUCACAAAAAGCUCAGGUCUUUCUACAAACAGAAGAAUUCACAAAGGAGAGCAGCCAUAUUCAUGUUCAGAAUGUGGGAAGUGCUUUUCAGAAAAAUUUAGUCUCAUUAGACAUGAGAGAAGUCACACGGGUGAGAAGCCAUAUUCUUGUUCAGAAUGUGGGAAAUGUUUUACACAGAAAUCAAGUCUUGUUACACAUAAGAGAAAUCACACAGGAGAGAAACCUUAUUCAUGUUCAGAAUGUGGAAAAUGUUUUAAAAAAAAAUCUAAUCUUGUUACACACGAGAGAAGUCACACAGGAGAGAAGCCAUAUUCCUGUUCAGAAUGUGGAAAAUGUUUUAAAAAAAAAUCUAAUCUUGUUACACACGAUAGAAGUCACACAGGAGAGAAGCCAUAUUCCUGUUCAGAAUGUGGAAAAUGUUUUUUAAGAAAAUCAAAUCUUGCUACACAUGAGAGAAAUCACACAGGAGUAAAGCCAUAUUCAUGUUCCCAAUGUGGGAAGUGUUUUACAAAGAAAGCAAGUCUUCUUUCCCAUGAGAAAGGUCACACAGGGGAGAAGCCAUAUUCAUGUACAGAAUGUGGGAAAUGUUUUACAGAUAGAUCACAUCUUGUUAGACACGAGAGAUGUCACACAGGAGAGAAACCAUAUUCAUGUUCAGAAUGUGGGAAAUGUUUUAAAACUAAACCAGAUCUUGUUGCACAUGACAGAAUUCACAAGGAGAGAAGCCGUAUUCAUGUUCAGAAUGUGGGAAGUAUUUUACACAUAAAUCAAGUCUUGUUUCCCAUGAGAGAACUCACACAGGAGAGAAGCCUUAUUUUGGCUCAGAAUGACAUCAGACACUCCCAGCCAGGAGUUGGUCAGGCACGUUGCGCUGAGACUGGCGAUGAUGACAUCAAUGACGUGCAGACAGUACUGGACGAUGAUGUGGCCGAUCACACGUGGGAGCCGGGUGAAGAGGGGUCUUCAUCAUCAUCAGGAUAA